GGAUCUACACGCCAUCACGGUCAGGCAGGACCCAAAGGAGUUCAGGGAGAACAUUUACAAGAUGGUGGCCUGUCUGCUGGCUUGUGGAAUAGACCCAGAGAAGUCUGUCUUAUUUUUACAAUCACAGGUGCGACAACACACUGAGCUCUGCUGGAUUCUGAGUUGCAUCACGACCAACGCUAGACUUAAACUUUUACCUCAGUGGAAAGAGAAAUCUAACACAAAGAACCCCAGUGUUGGCUUAUUCACUUAUCCUGUUCUCCAGGCAGCAGAUGUUUUACUGUACAAAUCCACCCUUGUUCCUAUUGGAGAGGACCAGAGACAACAUUUGGACCUGUGUGAGGAUUUAGCCAUAUCAUUCAAUAAUAAAUUUGGGAAAGUCUUCAGAGUCCCAAAAAUGUUACUUGGUGACUCUGCAAAGAUAAAGAGUCUGCGCUUUCCAGAAAACAAAAUGAGUAAAUCGGACAAAAGUCCAAAAGGGCGAAUAGACCUAACAGAUUCCAAUGAUGACAUAGCAUCUAAAAUCAAACUAGCCGUCACAGACUUUACCACACACAUUUCUUAUGACAAGGAAAAUCGCCCAGGUGUGACCAAUCUAAUUAAUAUUCAUUCUGCUUGCACGGGGGAAACGCCAGAGGAAAUUUGUGAAACAUAUUCAACUUUGACAACUGCUGAAUAUAAGGUACUUUUAGCAGAUAUUGUGAUCAGUGAAAUUCAGCCAAUCAGAGAGAGGAUUUUAUGGUUGCUUAGUGACAAGUCACAUCUUCAGAGCGUUUUAAGACAGGGACAGGAAGUAGCAUCUGUGUUAGCAGAGGACACAAUGAAGGAUGUUAGAAAUCUUGUAGGUUUUAUGUGAUGAAUAAUAAAUUUUAUUUAAAAAGUGUUC